GUCCCUACUCAGUCGGAGCGCGUACUUUUACUCAACGUGUCCAGCCAUCAAUCCAAGUCGGCCAAGCCAAGCUAGCCGCCACCAAUGAACCCGCGCUUCUCUUGAACGAAGUUGCCUUCACCGCGUACUAUCCCGCCGCCGUCUCAGCUGACGCUCCCAAAGGGUUAGAUUGGCUAAUCAAGCCCACCCGCGUCUCACACGAGGGAUUCGCCCGCUUCUCAGGGCUUCCCCUGUGGCUCCUAUGGCCCGUCCUCUAUAUCUUCGGCAAAUUCAUCAAGAUACCAGCCUACGUCAACGCGCCUCUCUUGAGCCCGCCGGUAAAAAAGCAAUGGCCGCUCGUAAUCUUCUCGCAUGGGCUGUGCGGAACACGUAAUGCGUACAGUCAGCUCUGCUCGACUAUCGCGGCUUCAGGGCGAGUGGUGCUGGCCGUCGAGCAUCGGGAUGGGACGGCACCGGCUUGUGUCACUUCGUCGGGCAAUAUCUUCUAUUACCGAGAAUCCGAUAUCAUAUUUCCGAACUCGAACAAGGACGAGGCCACAUCACAGUCUCCUCCGUUUGCGCUUCGGGCUGAGCAACUGGAAUUCCGACGGCAUGAAAUAUACCGAAUCUAUCAAGCUUUCCGCGCACUAGUCUGCGAUAAUACACCGCUGGCAAGCAUAGACGGAGGGACCCUGGACUCUUCCUGGUUCUCGACGAGCGACCACUCCCUUGUGGAUUGCGAUACCAUCUCCCUCGCUGGACACUCGUUCGGGGGAUGCACAGUCGUAAGUCGCAUCAAUCUCAGCUGGACAAGAUCUUGAAUUCAUCUCACCCAGCUUUCCAUUCUCUCAACACCGCC